CUUGAUUCGUUUUCUUACAAGAAUAAUGCAUUACCAAGUGGAGCCUGCUGCUGCUGCAUGGAACUACCUCAUCAGGGUUCGGACCAUGGAAGAGGAUCAAAUGGAGAGAGUGGUUAGGCUGGCCUCUCAGAGUGCUGUGGUGAUUUUCAGUAUGAGUAGCUGUUGCAUGUGCCAUGCAAUGAAGAGGCUCUUCUGUGGCAUGGGGGUUAACCCCACCGUUCAUGAGCUUGACCAAGACCCCAAAGGAAAAGACAUGGAGAGAGCACUGAUGAGGCUUCUUGGAAAUGGAAUCAACACCACUGCUGCAGUUGUUCCUGUCGUGUUCAUUGGAGGAAAACUUGUUGGGUCCAUGGACAGGGUUUUGGCUUUCCACAUCAGUGGCACCCUUGUCCCUCUUCUCAAACAAGCUGGAGCUUUGUGGCUUUGAAACUUCUCAAACAAAACAGCACUGUCUUGUCUUCGUUUCUUAUUACUCAAGACAUUGUUAUAUCCAUACAUGAGAUUUUAUCAGAAUUAUUACUAGUUAAAAGAUUGCCUGCAAGGGAACAAGAAAAGUAGGAAAAAUCAACCUCUCAAUUUUCUUGAUUUGCCUUUUGUAGUUUGUGGUUUGUGUUGUAGUUUGUAUAAAGAAGCACA